CGACACAGCUGUGAUUGUGUUGCCUCAGUAGUGGAAGCUUCAUUCGACCAAGGGAGGCAUCAAUGUGCCUUUCCUCUUCUUUCUUCUCUAAUCUUAGCUUGAUGACAAUGAUGUGAAAACAUUAAAACUUUGCUUUAAGAGAAUAUAAAGCGGCGAGUGGCGUCAGUGAUAGAUCAAGUGCCAAAUGUCCAGCCUGGAGGAGCACUGCUGGAGCUGCCCCUGUGCACCGAGUGUGGAGAGCAAGUACUCGUCGUCGUCGCCGUCUGCAGCUAGCUGGUUGUCGUCCAAAGGCGAGGAGAUGAUGUCCGUCAUCGCGUCGGUGCUGAGCAGCGCCUAUGGCUCCCUACGGCGAGACCGGACGUUCAACCUGAUCCGCCGUGGCCUGGUGCUCUUCACCGUGGGUGUGCUGCUCGCCCUGGUGCUCAACUUGCUGCAAAUACAAAGAAAUGUCACGUUGUUCCCAGAGGAGGUCAUGACAACUUUGUUUUCGUCCGCCUGGUGGAUCCCUCCGUGCUGCGGCACAGGGGCAGCUGUGGUUGGUCUGCUGUAUCCGUGUCUGGACAGCCACUUGGGAGAGCCGCACAAGUUCAAGCGGGAGUGGGCGAGCGUCAUGAGGUGCAUCGCUGUCUUUGUGGGCAUCAACCAUGCCAGUGUCAAACUGGACUUUGACAACAACGUGCAGCUGUCACUCACCCUGGCUGCUUUGUCGCUGGGCCUGUGGUGGACCUUUGACCGAUCUCGCAGCGGCUUUGGGUUGGGUGUGACCACAGCCUUCCUAGCCACAGUCAUCACUCAGCUCCUGGUCUACAAUGGCGUCUACCAGUACACGUCUCCAGACUUCUUAUACGUGCGCUCCUGGCUGCCCUGUAUAUUCUUCUCGGGCGGCGUCACUGUGGGAAACAUUGGGCGCCAACUCGCCAUGGGUUGUGCUGAAAAGCCGCACAGCGACUGAAGACAAGCGAGCGGACAAGAUGACACCCACCACAAAAGAAAAAGACUUUUUUUGUUUUGUUUUGUCGUCUUAAAGCAAACGUGCCAUGCCAACCCCUCUGGCCCCCACAGAGCGUCUGUCACGCUCAAGGACAGGACGUUUGCCUUUUGGACUUUUUGGACGCUGCUCAUACUUUCAUUGACUCAUCUUCCAGCAGUGUCAACUCAAAAAGGGAUAUCGAGGGAACUCGGUGCUCUCCGACGUUCCCCCUUCAAACCAAAUGAAGUAUUUAAAUUGUAUUCACACCCAAAUAAGCCUGUAUUGUCUCUGCGUCUUAAAGUGGCAGUACAUAACGUGAUGGAGGAAUGAAGACAGACAGGAAAUAUCAGUGCCAAUUAGAAGCACUUAGCGAGUUAGCGUGUAGCGCCGCAGAAUGAUUAAGGCUCAUUCAAGUGUAGAAACAAAUACUGUUGAAAAGGAAAUAGCACAAGUAUGUUUCUCUACCGCACACGGUCAAUUACUGUCUUUGCUGCAACCUUUUGCGUUGUCUUCUAAAAGACAAAAGUUGACUACAGAUGAAGACACCUGGGUGUCUGCUAGUAAUUGGACGUGCAGCCCAGACAUUAGCCCGCAUCUCGGGGGAUAACACGUCAGAAUGGGAUGUAUGGAACCCAGGAAUUAGCCAGUGUUCAGGGAGCUCAGAUGGACAGGAGUGAACCCAGGAAUUAGCCAGUGUUCAGGGAACUCAGAUGGACAGGAGUGAACCCAGGAAUUAGCCAGUAUGGAAGUCAGAAGCUGUUAUGGUGCAAAUGAGAGUAUUCGGGGAUGAGAGCCCAGACAUUAGCCAGUAUCCAAAGACUGUUCCAGAUCAUUCCCGCCUGCUGUGGUGGAAGUGGCGCCUGUACUUCUGGGAGUGGGCUGGGGAGGGGGGGCAUGUCAAACAUUUGCAAUCUGUGAUUGCUGUGUAUUAUUGAUUGUUCAUUGAUAGAUCUUUGUUGAUAGAAGAAGGUGCUCAUGACGCUCGUCACCUUCGGUAACGUUUGCUUGGUGGAGGUUACGUGCAAUCUUCCUCUUUAUUUAUUAUCAUUUCUGUCCCAAUCACGUCACACUGAUACGGUGUCAAAAGUACAUUUAGUAGCAUUACGGAAGGAAAAGUCUUUUAUUUUUCUAAGCUUGUGGCUGAGGAAGCUUUACUUUUUGAGGUGGUGAAGCACCGUCAACGUUUUACUGUGUUACCUUUUUGGACAAAUAAAAGCAUCACAAUGUC